AGCUUUCUCCUUAAUUUGGAAGUGUUACUUUCCUCGACACAUAAGUUUUGUUUUGUUUUGUUGAAACUACAAACAGGGAACAACAAUUUGGUAAAGGCAAUGAAGGCUUUUGUGCUGCGUUUGUUACCUCUUGUGUUUGUUCCUCUGUUUCUUUCCCUAUUGUUAUUAGCGCUUAUGCCAAAGGAAACCGCUAUGAGAACCUAUGAGGUGUUUGGAGUGAAGAUAGAGAAGAACCCACCUCAGUCCAAACUCAGUGAGCUUGGAGUCUCAACUUGGUCCAAAUGGGAAAGUGGUCCUACAAAAAUACCGUGGUCCUUUAAAGUUGAAGAGACUAUGUAUCUGCUAGAGGGAAAAGUGAAGGUUACUGUUGAAGAAUCUGUUGGAUCUUUUGAAAUUGGGGCUGGUGAUUUAGCUGUUUUCCCAAAAGGAAUGAACAUUACUUGGGAAGUGAUUGAAGCUGUGAAGAAGCAUUACAGCUUGAAAAAAUAAUGUGUAAAUAUAAACUUUUCCACUGUCGUGGCCUAAUUAUGCCAUGCAUGAACAUAAUCAAGUAAUUACUACUCACUGUGGCUAUAGUUGCUAGUUGUUUACUGGGAUGUACCAAAGCCUUCACUUCCCUUAAUUGUACCUUUGACAGUGAUGCUAUUUGAAGUAAUCUCUAAUCAUUAUGUUUAAGAUGAUUAUGGAGGGUGCACGUUCUCAUCUUGUCACUUGUGUUUUUACAUUGUCUAUGCUAAUUGGU